GUCAAAAUUAUAGAUGUUUUAGUAGCCACAUCAUCUGCGUCCGUUGUUGGAAAAAUGAUAAUGUUGGCUCUUCUACAAAUAAGAAAAAGAAGACUAUUAAUUCUAAACUCAAGAGGAGGCGCUGUCGUUCAUUCCACCUCCCAUUGAGUGAGUAUUCCCCAGAUGUUUCGACAAAGUCCACUACUUCGGCGGUUGGAAAAUCGUCAAAAGAUGUGAGACUUUGGGAAGGAUUCUUUGAGGAGGUGAAAGAACACACCUUUAUCACGAAGAAAAACUCCAGGUUCCGGAAUUUGCAUAUCGGCACCCAUUUAAUAAAGAGAGGUCGCCAUAAAAAUGAUUUUGGAAGUGAUUCUGAAAAUGAUUCUGAUGAUUCUGUCGAACUAUAUAUUAAUUUAGAGGCCUUGCAAGAAUCUGCAUCCAAAGUGUUUCACAUGCAAUGUAUUUCUAUACAAAAGCUCAGCGAAGAAUAUAUUGGAAGAGUAGCAUUUCCUGAAUAUCCACGUUGGAAGACGGAGAGCGAGGUUGCAGUUAUGGAAUAUGUUCGCUUAAAUACGAAAAUUCCUGUUCCUAAAAUCUAUUAUUGGAAUAGUUCAAUCGAGCGUUUACCUGGUUGUCAUUUAUGUAAUGUAGUUGAAAUUGACUUCUUUGUUAAUGGAAGAGCAAUGGACCGAGGACCUUUCAACACGACAAAAGAAUAUGUUUUGGCUGCUAUCUGA